ACUCUUUGGCAUACCUCACAAGACCGGACAUACUUGGCAACAUCCUUGCCCAUCCCCUCCCAGUGGAAGGACUUCCCCAACCGGUCCUUGGUUCUGUUCACCCCAGCAUGGCCACUGGGAUGAUCAUGGGCUUUAACAAAUCCUCCAGCCAAGUACUGUCUCUUUUCUAGGUUUACGCAUGAGUAUUCCAGUAACUAUGGACAAGCCCCACUGCCUGUAUUAGUGGGUUCUAUAAAGAGUUAUUUGUCCAUGGUUGGGACUUGCUGCAUUUCACCAAGCCCUACUGUAUGCUUCUUGAAAGAGAGAUUAGAAAGAAAGACUCUAUCCAUACUCACCACCAUGUCAAACAGAAUUUGUUCCCGCUAUGCAGUAUAUGGGAAGGAAAAAUCAAAGUUCAGCGUCUUAACAAUGUUUGCUCAGAAGAUACCCUCUGCCUCGUUUGAGGACAUUUCCCCACUAGCUGAAGACUCUGCUGAGGUGUUUUCCAAGUGCUGUGGUUCCAUGGCUGAAGACUGCAUGCAGAAGGAGCUAUCAGAACUCACCACAAAAAUCUGCACUAAACUAUCAUCCAAGGAUGAAAAAAUUUCUGAUUGUUGCAAAGGAAAAAAUCUCCUGGAAAACUACUUGUGCAUGUAUUCACUGCAACCUGCUAAAUCCCCUCAGCUGCCGGAAAUCCCAAAGCCCACAGAUGAACAGCUGUGCAGUGUCGAUGGGAGCAGUCCAGUGGAUCAAUUCAUAUUUGAGAUAGCGCGAAGGCGAACCAACAUCCCAGAGGUGUUCCUAAGUAAGGUGUAUGAUGCUACCCAUAAUCUUGUCAAUAGAUGCUGUACCAUUGCAGAUUCAAUAGGUUGUGUCUCUAGCCAGAGGCCACAGCUGAGAGGGGAGAUAUUCAAAUUCCUAACAAAGGCCAAUGAGCUAUGUGGAGAAUAUAAUGACCUGACGUUCCUUGAAUUCAAACAGAAACUGAAAGAAAGCUUCAGCAAGACAAUGCCUGAUGCAACCCCAGCAUCCCUUACAGAGCUGGUGGAGCGGAGAGCCGAUUUCGCCUCCACGUGCUGUAUUAUGAAUGCACCUCCAGUGUACUGUGGCUUGAAGAUUAACGCUGAAGUUGGACACACAUGCGACCAUGAUUCCUGCAUGUUGAUCUAGCUGUGGAAAUGCAAACAAAAAAAACUUCCCUAGGCACAAAGCAAAAACGGCAAUUAAAGGGAAGAAUGAUCCUCCAUUUAUGGUGAUGAAUGAAGACCUUGGCUUUUCCUGAGUCACAAGAACUAACAGCUUGAAUCAGUCUCACGGCUUCUUAUCUAUUACUACAGCAGGGUGACUAGUGUA